UCAAAAGGGAACAGGGCGACUUCACCUGUCGUGGAACGAGUACUUGGUGCAACAAAGACGAGGGAGGGAAGAUGGGGCAGACUCCCUCCUGCGUUGAAUCUGUGUGCCAAGUUAAAGCAACAGAAGUGGGCACUGAGACGUCUUAUGCAGAGCCAACCUUGAAUGGCAACGAGGGAAAGGCCUUGCCCCGACUGCUCGGCGAUUCAGUGAAAAGCGUCGAAAAGUCGCUUGCCAAGGAGGCCACAAAGGAUAGUUCAGAACAUGCGGGCGACGAUGGACUCCAGGCGGCAUCAUCAACGCUUACAGGAUCAAAGGAGGACUUGGACGAAGGUCAGCAGAGCAAGGCUUUGCGAAAGCUAGAGAGGGCGGAGGCCAGAAAGCAAGUCCUUCCGUUCCUGCUGCAAAAUGGCUUUCAAACUGUCAAGUCCAAGAAGAAGUGGCUGUGGAGGUCCUACUAUCCUUUGCAUGCGGCUGUGAAGAAGAAAGACGUGGAGACCGUCAGGCUUUUGCUGACAGCAGGUGCAGAUACCCAGAAACUGAAUCAGAAGUCCGAGACGCCACAGCAGCUCGCAGAGCGGCUGAAUCGAAGUGGAUCGCAUCAAGAAAUCAUCGAGACCUUGCGAAGUGCAAAGGUUCGCAAGACAAAGUCAACGCGUUCCCGAAGUACGAACGAUGAGGGCAGAUCUCGCUCUGCGAUUGAGGUCACCCCAAGAGGAGUGUGAGCUGGAAUGAGCCGUCCACUUGCAAAGCCAAGGUACACGUGCCCAUUUCAAAUUUGCAUGGUGAGACUCCCUUGUAGGGAAAGCGACUGCACGGGUUGCCGCAAUCCUUGCAGUUAUCUCUUGUAGUGACAGAUUUGCUUUUUAGCAUCCCGCCAAACUUCAAUCCGUG